AAACCUGAUGGUGUGGCUAAAGUUAGUCCCCCGUGGGCUAGUAUAUAAGGCCCCUAGGGGCCAACGCUUACAUGUCAGUCACAUCGGCUUGGCGUAGGCUUCUCUUCUUGACCACCAACAACCCCAAAAACUUGAGAGAUGGCACCCAAGAAGGCCAAGAGGAGGCAGCAGCAGGCUGAGGGUGGAUCCUCCAAUGUGUUCUCCAUGUUUGAGCAGAGCCAGAUCCAGGAGUACAAGGAGGCUUUCACAAUCAUCGACCAGAACAGAGAUGGCAUCAUCAGCAAGGACGACCUCAGGGACGUGCUGGCCACCAUGGGUCAGCUGAACGUGAAGAAUGAGGAGCUGGAGGCCAUGGUGAAGGAGGCCAGCGGCCCCAUCAACUUCACCGUCUUCCUCACCAUGUUCGGCGAGAAGCUGAAGGGUGCUGACCCCGAGGACGUUAUCGUAAGCGCUUUCAAGGUCCUGGACCCUGAGGCCACUGGAGCCAUCAAGAAGGAAUUCCUCGAGGAGCUCCUGACCACCCAGUGCGACAGGUUCACCGCUGAGGAGAUGACCAACCUGUGGGCUGCUUUCCCCCCUGAUGUGGCUGGCAAUGUGGACUACAAGAACAUCUGCUACGUCAUCACACACGGAGAAGACAAGGAAGAGGAGUAAAGUACAAAACCCAAAUCUCUCAAGAUCUCUACCUCCGUUUUCAAACCCCGUACUAGACCUCCACCAACCUUCCUCUCCGACCACGUGGCUUCCUCGCACACUUCCGCGCCCCCCGGCCCGCUCUCUCUGCUUCACUACAAAAAAAGACUUGUCUCCUUUAUGGAGACACUCAGUGAGAGGACGGAAGGCUGUGGGGUUUGUUUGUGUGUGAGUACCAACAGGGAGACAUGGGAUUGUUUUCAAUAAAAAAUAAUCUUGUGGCACCGAAACACUCUCUCUAUCUCUAUCCCUGCCUCUUGUUGCUCCUUCUUUUCCCGCCAUCACUCAUUCUGUCCUUCUGCGCUGAGGCCAGCAGUGCAUGCAUCAUACCUACAUGUAUGAGGUCCAGUGUAUAAAGUCAGUCAGAAGUUUCUCUUGGGUGCGGUGGUGCGUGCACAGUCACUUACUUGAAACAAGUAAAGCAGCCUGCAGUCUGUUUAGUCUCAACCUGACUCAGAGUGUUUCAUGGAUUCGUCCCUUUGUUUGCAACAGAGAGGAGUGCACAGUAAAAGAGUGGGAGUACUGUACUAUAAUAGUUUGCCUACCCCCCUUCUUUUUAACCUGUCUCUCCCUCUCUUAAACGCAGGUACGAAAGGAAAAGUUGCAGUGAAAAUAGGAAAAAUCUUGUAAAUAGGGAAAGAGAUGGUGAAAGAUGGUGAGCGGGAGGCAGGAAAGAAAGGAACAAAAGUAAAACGUCUUUGUUUUUUUACUCUACUCCCUUCCUCUCACCGCUGUUUCUCUCCUGUUGUUAUGAUUGUGUCUGUAACAAAUAAAGAAGUACAAAUAAAAUCCACUAUCUUUCGUA